GAGCCCUAACUCGGAUUUUUUUUUGCACAAACGGAAAAUCAACAAUUUGAGGAAUUGGUGUCAAACUUCCUUGAACUGACAAGUUCUGGUGUAGCAGCCAUGGAUGUUAAGAUGGAAGAUGCGGCGGCGGCAGCGGCAGCGGCAGCGGCAGCGACAGCGACAGCGACAUCGGCGACGUCGGAAGACAUUAUUGUUCUUUCUAAAACCGCAGAAAAGGUAGAGAAAUCUCCGUAUGAUAUGCUGAAAGAGAGCAAGAUUUCUGUGGAAGAGAUAGUUGCGAAGAUGCUUUCUCUCAAAAAGGACGACAAAGCAAAACCUGAGCUUCGCGAGCUUGUUACUCAGAUGUUCCUCCACUUCGUCUCACUUCGCCAGGCGAACCGUAAUAUCUUGAUUGAAGAAGAUCGUGUGAAAGCUGAGACUGAACGUGUAAAAGCACCUGUGGACUCAACGAGUUUGCAGCUUCAUAAUUUGAUGUAUGAGAAGAGCCACUACCUGAAAGCUAUAAAGGCAUGCAAAGACUUCAAAUCCAAAUAUCCUGACAUUCAACUUGUUACCGAGGCUGAGUUUUUCAGUCAAGCUCCUGAAGAGUUUAAAGGAAUUGCCAUAUCAAAUGAAACUGCUCACAAUGUGAUGUUGAAGAGGCUUAAUUAUGAGCUUUUCCAGAGAAAAGAGCUUUGCAAGUUUCGCGAGAAGCUGGACCAGAAGAAGAAAAGUCUUUUGGAGACCAUUGCCAACAGAAAGAAAUUUUUGUCAAGUCUCCCCUCACAUCUGAAGGCUUUAAAGAAAGCGUCAUUACCUGCACAAAACCAACUGGGACUUUUACAUACAAAGAAACAAAAACAGCUGCAUGCGGCGGAGUUGCUGCCUCCGCCAUUGUAUAUUAUUUACUCUCAGUUCAUGGCCCAAAAAGAAGCUUUUGGGGAAAAUAUUGACUUGGAAAUAACUGGAAGCUUGAAAGAUGCUCAGGUCUUUGUCCGGCGGCAAACAUAUAAAGACACUGGCACAUCAUCCAUGCAGGAGAGUUCACGGAUAGAUGAUGAUGUAGUGGAUGAGGAAGAUGAUGGACAAAGGAGGAGAAAACGGCCCAAAAAAGUGGCUAGCAAGGAAAAUGUUGACACAGCUGGGAUAUAUCAAGCUCAUCCUCUAAGAAUCAUUCUCCAUGUGUACGACAAUGAAGUUUGCGAACCAAAGUCUGCCAGACUUGUUACUUUGAAGUUUGAAUAUCUGUUUAAGCUGAAUGUUGUUUGUGUGGGUGUUGAGGGGUCUGAUCAAGGGUCUGAAAAUAACAUUCUGUGCAAUUUAUUCCCUGAUGAUAAGGGCCUUGAACUGCCUCAGCAGUCGGCUAAGCUCCUCUUGGAUGAUGGAGCAGAAUUUGAUGAAAGACGAACUAUGCGUCCAUAUAAAUGGGCCCAGCAUUUGGCAGGAAUCGACUUUUUGCCAGAGGUGUCCCCCUCAUCCACUAGUAAUGAAGCUGGCAAGUUUGAAACUGGUAAGGAUGCUGUUGUCUCAGGACUUUCACUGUAUCGGCAUCAAAACCGAGUGCAGACGGUGGUGCAAAGAGUCAGGUUAAGGACGAAGGCUCAGCUUGCACUUUCGGAACAGCUUGAUUCACUUACAGCCCUUAAAUGGCCCACUCUGAUCUGUCAAAGUGUUCCAUGGGCCGCACAUGAACACCUGUGUUUUCUGCAUAGAUGGUCACAUGUAGGAUCCUCUCUUAACCAGGAUGGUUCUCUAUCCAGAGUUGAUGUGGAACAAGACCAUGAUGCUUUUGAUGCUAACAUGGCUGGAAGAGCUAGUUCCUCUAAGGAAGAGGGGAUUAUGACGGAAGAUGGGGAGCUUCCAUCUUUGACUCCAGCCACAGUUGUGACUGAUGAGAAAUCUAGUGCUUAUCUAAAUCAAGGAUCAGGUGUUAAACAUUCUAAACGGAUGGCACUAAUCUCAAAAAGUAUUGCAGUUCCAGUCAAAACUGCCAGAAACCAGAGUUUUGGGCGAUAUGAGGAGGACACAGACCUUAUGAUGGAUAGUGAAAGUGAAGUAGAUGACACCACCAACAAUGACAAGGAAAUUGAAUGUGCUGUUGACGAGGGGAAUUCUUGGGUGGAUUACGGAAUUAAAGAGUUUAAUCUUGUUUUAACCCGGAAAAGAGAUGCGGGAGAGGGGAACGUUGAUCUUGAAGUCAAGAUUAGGAUAAGCAAGGAGUAUCCUCUCAGGCCUCCUCUUUUCAAAUUGAGUUUACUCUCACAAUAUUCUGGUGGAAAUAGUUCACCCAUUGACCACUCUGUGUGGUACAAUGAACUUCGAGCCAUGGAAGCUGAGGUGAAUGUUCACAUACUAAAGAUGUUACCUCCUAAUGAAGAAAACAAUAUUUUAUCACAUCAAGUUCAUUGUCUUGCCAUGAUCUUCGACCUCUACUUAAAUGAGGCUUCUCAACCUUCACAAGGGAGAAAGUGUAAAGAUUCUGAUAUCGGCUCGGUCAGCGGUGGUCUCAAGGCCAGAUCUUUUAGGGGAAGGGAUCGUCGAAACAUGAUACCUUGGAAGGAUAUGGAAUUAACUCCAGGCUAUCCUUUUUGAUAGAUACACGGCGUUAUGUUUUUUCCAAUGGCUAGAUUUCAGUAGCAAUGCUGAUGUUUUUGGUUAUUGUAAUAGCGUUUAAUUAUUGUACGUUGAUCUCAUAAGCCUCAUUAGCCUAUCAAUGUUUGAUAUGUGAUACUUUCUGCCUCCUCUCGAUUAUUUAGGCAUAUAAGGUUCAAGGUUCUUACGGACAACAACCUACAUGGGGAUUUUUCUUUUAAAUGCGAGUCGCGUGAGAUUGUUGAUAGUAA